GGGCGGUGCUGUGGCUGACUUGGAUAUGUCAGCCGCUUGAAGGGGGAUCGGGUUUUCCUUUCCCAGGAGCCCGAAGGCCUUCUGGUGACCGCCGCCGCCGUCACCUCAGAGCGUGGGUCCCAGACCCUGGCCGGCGGAGGCGGAGGCGGAGUUUCCCGGUCUUUCCAGGCGCUGUCUGGCGAGAUCGGCCGGUUGGAUGACCGUGCGAAAUCCAUUGUGCAAGCUGCACUGUGACCGCGACCCGGGAAAGCAGCAGAAGACGGGGAAUAAAUUGCAACCCUAAUAAAAACGGAGAGGAUUUACUAAGUUCACCAGGAAGCAGGCCAGCGCCAUCACAAGAAUUACAUGUUUGCUGUAUGACACACUUUCCUGUAUCUCUUAAUGAUUCACUUUAUACUGGAAUGAAACCUCCCUUGCCCAGUUUACAGAUAUGACCCAGGCCUGUACGUGAACUACUUUGGUUAGUCAGAGUGACCAUUCAAUAAUGAGUGGUGCAGCUUUGGGACUCGAGAUUGUUUUUGUCUUUUUUCUGGCAUUAUUUCUACUUCAUCGAUAUGGAGACUUUAAGAAACAGCAUAGACUUGUAAUUGUUGGAACACUGCUAGCCUGGUAUCUCUGCUUUCUUAUUGUCUUCAUACUGCCUCUGGAUGUUAGUACGACAAUAUACAACCGCUGCAAGCAUGCUGCUGCCAACUCCAGCCCUCCUGAGAACAGCAACAUUACGGGACUGCACGCCACGGCCACCCCAGCUCCACGUCCACAUCCAUGUUUCAAGCCAUGGAGUUACAUUCCUGAUGGAAUCAUGCCAAUUUUCUGGAGGGUCGUAUAUUGGACAUCACAAUUUUUAACAUGGAUUCUCUUACCUUUUAUGCAGUCAUAUGCAAGAUCAGGAGGGUUUUCUAUCACUGGAAAGAUCAAGACCGCACUGAUUGAGAAUGCCAUCUAUUAUGGCACCUACUUGCUGAUUUUUGGAGCAUUUUUAAUUUAUGUAGCUGUAAACCCACAUUUGCACUUAGAAUGGAAUCAGCUUCAGACAAUUGGGAUAGCUGCUGCAAAUACAUGGGGUCUGUUUCUUCUUGUGUUAUUGUUGGGGUAUGGAUUGGUGGAAAUUCCUCGAUCAUACUGGAAUGGAGCAAAAAGAGGCUAUCUACUUAUGAAAACUUAUUUUAAGGCAGCCAAAUUGAUGACAGAGAAAGCAGAUGCAGAAGAGACUUUAGAAGAUGUCAUGGAGGAGGUUCGCAAAGUGAAUGAAAGCAUCAAGUAUAACCACCCAUUGAGAAAAUGUGUUGACACAAUACUUAAAAAGUGCCCUACAGAGUAUCAGGAAAAAAUGGGUAGGAACAUGGAUGAUUAUGAAGAUUUUGAUGAAAAGCAUAAUACCUAUCCAAGUGAAAAAAGUCUGGUGAAACUACAUAAACAGGUUAUUUAUUCAGUUCAGAGGCACCGUCGAACUCAAGUACAAUGGCAGAUUCUUUUGGAACAAGCAUUUUAUCUAGAAGAUGUAGCAAAAAAUGAAACUAGUGCUACUCAUCAGUUUGUUCACACCUUCCAAUCGCCAGAGCCAGAAAAUAGAUUUGUCCAAUAUUUUUAUAGUCCUACAGUUGAAUGGUACUGGGAAUGUCUUUUGCGACCAUGGUUUUACAGAAUACUUGCUGUGGUUUUGUCCAUCUUCUCUGUGAUUGUCGUGUGGUCAGAGUGCACUUUCUUUAGCACCACACCUGUCUUAUCCCUCUUUGCGGUCUUCAUACAGCUGGCUGAGAAAACAUACAAUUAUAUUUAUAUCGAGAUUGCUUGCUUCCUUUCCAUCUUCUUCCUAAGCAUCUGUGUGUAUUCUACUGUGUUCAGGAUUCGCGUGUUUAACUAUUACUACCUGGCUUCACAUCACCAGACCGAUGCUUACAGCCUUCUUUUCAGUGGCAUGUUAUUUUGCCGUUUGACUCCUCCUUUAUGUCUUAAUUUCCUGGGGUUGACCCACAUGGAUUCCUCCAUCUCUCACCAGAAUACGCAGCCAACUGCUUAUACGUCUAUUAUGGGUUCCAUGAAAGUUUUGUCCUUUAUUGCAGAUGGAUUCUACAUAUAUUAUCCUAUGCUGGUGGUAAUUCUCUGCAUUGCUACGUAUUUUAGUUUGGGAACUCGUUGUUUGAAUCUACUUGGUUUCCAGCAGUUCAUGGGAGAUAAUGAUAUGACCUCAGACUUAGUCGAUGAAGGAAAAGAAUUAAUCCGGCGAGAGAAGAGAAAACGGCAAAGGCAAGAAGAAGGUGAAAAUCGAAGACGGGAAUGGAAAGAACGUUAUGGACACAGUAGAGAAGAUUCCACUAGAAACAGAAAUGUUCAUAUUGACCCAAAAGAGUCAAAUUUUUCAGAUAUGAGUACGAACCGAACAGUAUCCAAAUAUACCAGGGCUAAUAACAGGACUGAAAGGGACCGGAUAGAACUCCUACAAGAUGCAGAACCUUUGGAUUUUAAUGCAGAAGCGUUCACUGACGAUCCUCUUGAGUCUGAAUCAGGAAGGUAUCAGCCUGGUGGACGAUACCUCUCGAUGUCUCGCAGCAGAAUAUUUGAUGAUGUUUAGACUCUGAAAGAAUUCGUGGAAUAAAUAACCACAAUCAGUUCAGUCUUUAUGAA